AUGACUUGUUAUCGAGAUCUACUGAGCAAGAAAGACACACAGAACUGGAUUAAGGCCGCCCUCGCCCUCAACAUUACCAAGGAGGGUCUACAAGACUUUGUGGAGAACGUGCUGACAUGCGUGCACAAAGACAUAUUUAGCACCGUUAGCACAUCCAAGAGUCUCCCAAGCGGGGCAAUAUGUGCACAUUGUUUUACCGAGAACGUAUUAAAGUGCCCCACGCGCGGGAUAUGUACCAGUACUAGAAUCUGCAGAUUUCACAACACCCUUCAGCCUAAUCCUUGUCCAAAAGGGAUUUGUGAAGAUGUCCGUGAUGAAAUUAUUCAACAUCACAGGUUUACUGGUCCAUCUUGGAAGAACACGAACGCAGACAAAUGGUGUACCAGUCCUUGGGAGAUUGGCAAGUGUUUCCUGCCUCCUGAUGGCUACAAGACCGUGCCCUCUAUCAAAGAAAGUGACUUCAACGGCGUGCUUAGCGUGAUGUUGAAUUGUGCGGAUUUCGAAACCAAGCUGUCGUUCAAUGUUGCGACAACGACAAAUUUAUUGACAGAGGUAAGGGACAUUGGUCGACGCGUCCGCCACUCCAACGACCAACAGAUAAAGGACACGGAACUUGUAGACUUCCUGUUUAAGCUCCGAACCCUGCUAGAGGAUAAAACUGAGCUGGCGAACCGACCCGAGGCACACCACGCCGUGGAACAGCUUAAAAAGCUGCAAACGGACGAUUUUAAGAUCAGCUCUGAAAACCAACGUGAGAUGUUGAAGGAAGGAUUGAGACUACGUUUAACGAACCAUUACAAAACCACUUUGGCCGACAUGCCGAUAUCUCCUAUUCUGGUAGAGAAGAAUGCCAAACUCUCCAGGUUCUACGUGGCACCGAAAAUUACGGAGAAAGAUCAUAGAAAACUCGACAGGAUUGACAAGAAAGAACGCAGUAAAAAAAAUGCAAACUUUUCAGAUGUUUUCUGCAAAAACGGUCAGUUCCUCAGCAAUGUUUUCCUUGUUGGUGAACCUGGCACCGGAAAAUCAACAUUCUCCGUAAUGUGUGCCCUGGAAUGGACUCAACAGUAUUUACCAGCGGAGGAAAACGUUGGUAUUAAAACAAGCUAUGCCGACCCAGAAUUCUUCAAAGAGUUUGCAUUUUUGUUUCAUGUCACCCUACGAGAUUCAGGUAAAACUUGUGAUGUAGCAGAAAUGAUCAAGGAUCAGCUAAUAUGUAAAAUUUACCACGAAAAGGAUGUCGAUGAUGGCUAUCAGCUAUUGCAGACGGUGCUGGAAAGUGAAAAAUGUUUAAUCAUAGCUGACGGCCUUGAUGAAUGGACUCAUCCAGAAAAUGAAAAGUGUACCUGCAAAGCGGACGAGAAAGUCACCCCUUUCCGGAACUCGGCCAACAAGGCCACACUUCUCACGACAACACGACCCUGGCGACUCUCACAGAUUAGAGUACAGGAUUCAAAGAUCGACAAGUAUCUUGAAAUAGAAGGACCUGACGACCCAUCACAACUAGUGAAAAAUAUCCUCACCAUCCUAAAUGAGGAUACUGAGAAUGAACGGACUCCAGAGGCCUUUAUACGAAUGGUACAUGAAAAGGGUCUUACAGGUUUAUUGACAGCACCUAUCACACUCACCCACCUGGUGUGCCUAUGGUUCGAGGGUAUAUCGUUGACCAAUUCAAAGUGUGAUAUUUAUGCUGGAGUGAUAAACAUGCUUUCAUGUAGACAUAGUUGUAUGCGAAGGGAGCUUAAAGAGCCCAAAAUUAAACUGCCACAUGUAUUAACGGUUCAUGAAUGCUUUAGACAAAAUCCGACAAUAUACCUUGAGCUAGCAAAGUUGGCAUACGUUACUUUGUUUUCAGGGUGCCGAGAAUCGUCUGUUGUUUUCAGCAGCGAUACGGUUUACGCUACAUUAGACAAACAGCAGGUUGAGUUUGCAUUGAAGUCGGGUCUACUCACGGAGAAAAAAUCCAACUCAUAUAGCAGGAGAUCAUCUCAUUUUACAUUCUUUCAUAAAACACUUCAAGAGUUUUUAGCGGCUCUUCAUUUAUGCGUUAAUGGAGACGACUACAAUCAGCUAUCAAGCAAGUACGAAUCAGAUAAUAAACAAUAUAUCUUGGGAGAUGUUUCUCAGGUUUUUAUUUACAUUUGUGGAAUGAAGCCCGAGCUCGGUGUUCAAAUGUCUUCAUGGAUCAAUAAUUCUAUACCACAAUGUGGAAUGAAGCCAGCGAUCAAAGUUUUAAUGUCUAUGUGGUCCAGUUUUUCUCCACCACACAGCUCCCGUUGCUUUAUACCCUACGACAAUCCCUUCAGGGAAGAGGUACCAAUACCCGAAGACACGGAGCUACUUCAGGACAUGAUUGUUUCCGGGUACCUUGAAUCCCAGGCGAACAACUAUGAUGACACCCCGCUCACUCUCAAGCACUUUGUGUUCUGUGGAAGGGUAAAUGUCAGUGUGUUAAAAAAGCUGAUUCGGAUAAACAUUAACCGAAUUCAGACACUACUCUUUGAUGCUAGAAUAAAUAGUGAGGUAAAUCUACAUGAGUUGAUCACAUCUUCCUCAGACUCCCUAAAAGCAGUUGAUAUGUUACACUGUGUUGGGCAGUAUGACCUGUCCCAGUGUCACAGGCUGGAAUAUCUGAGUAUAUGUGGAGACGAUACUACAUGUUUGCAGGUUGAUACAUCACAUAUAACAACAUGUAGAUUACAAUUCGUAUCAUCGGAUGUCGAAUUAAACAUAUUUAGUUUAUUUAAACACAAUAUAAUGUGGAGUAAACUAAAACAUCUUGUUUUAGACGACGUUAAGAAUAUACAGUUAAUGUGCGAUACACUUCCAAGUCUUCCCCAUUUACAAAACUUUAAAAUACAAUACACAGAUCUAGGUGAGCUCCACCUCCUCCCUCCAGCCUCCAUUUGCCAUAUUGAACUAGUGUGUGUGACAAUGACAUCGGAAGCGGUGCGGAGACUAAUGGAUAUGAUGGAGAACAUACCACACACCGUAGAAUGUGUGAUGGAUUACUGCAUGCUGAAACCAGACCGUGAGUUGGAAAACAUCCGAGAGCAUAUUGUCAGUUCGACGUUGUUCAAUAUUGAAAAAUUUGCAAUCUUCCAAGUGCAAGUGAACAGCUUGGGUUUUUUUGACCCAUUCUCUAGCAUCCGAAGGCUUGUGGACAGUUUGGAGUCAUUCAAUCUUGACGAAUUUGAGGACGUUCGAGAGCAAGAAGACAGCUCGGCGUCAUUCAAUCUUGACGAAUUUGAGGACAUUCGAGAGCAAGAAAACAGCUCGGCGUCAUUCGAUAUUGAUGAUUUUGAAGACAUUCGAGAGCAAGAAGACAGCUCGGCGUCAUUCGAUCUUGACGAAUUUGAGGACAUUCGAGAGCAAGAAGACAGCUCGGCGUCAUUUGAUCUUGGCGAAUUUGAGGACAUUCGAGAGCAAGAAGACAGCUCGGCGUCAUUCGAUCUUGACGAAUUUGACGAAAUUCAAGAGCCAAUGGACAAUUUGAAGUUAUGUUAUGUCCCAUUCGAAGACAUCCGUCAGGUUUUGAACUAUUCGGCGAUAUUCAAUCUUAAAGAAUUAGAAGCCAUCCGAGAACAAGUGGAAACUUCAACGUUAUACCAUCUUAGACCAUUUGUACACAUCCGAUACCUGGUCGACAGAACAGCGUCACGUUAUCGUGACGCGUUAAGGGACAUCCAAGAGCAAGUCGCGGACAGGCGAAGGCCAUUUAUUAUUGACACGUUUGAGGACACCCGAGAGAUAGUGAACAGCCCGGCGUCAUUUAAUCUUAAUGCAUUUGACAUUAUGUAUCGAGUGUUUAGAUUAAUGUACACUAAAAUGUAAACAAUAAGUUAAAACAGCAUCGAUUAGGGCAUGAUAUUGGAUGAAAAUGAAACACAGUGAAGAAAUUGCCAGUAGAUCCCAUUCUUAUUUUAAAAAAUAAGGUUAUCUGUUACUUUUACACGAAAAGCAUUUUAAACAAUUAAUAUUUGUAUGCAAUCUUCGCACGACGAGGAUCGUACCCGGGCUUGGCUUGACCGAAAGUCAAAGUCCUCGGACCUGGGGGACCGUGGUUUCAAUUGACUGAUGCAUAAAUUGAUCAUAACACUGCAGCUUUUUUAUUCUAUAACAAAGAUAUACAUCUUAUUUGCAAUAGCCUAUUAUUUAAAUUUCAGUUGGUUUUAAUUCGUUAAUGAUAUGUAAAUUAGCAGUUUCAAUGUUAAAAAUAAUCAAAAACUGACAUCGCUCAAUAUUUAUAGACUGAGGAACACAACUCUCAACACAUACACACUAAUAAUGAAUAUGAAUGGACUGCUUCUUAAGAUGAAGCAUUGUUAUAAGGAAAAGACCAUCUAAGUCGGCUUUAUGUAUAUGGCUUAAAAUCAUAUUAAAGGAAAGAUAAGAAAUGUUAAUGAUUUUAACUGCGAUCUUGAUAUCGAAGCAAUAAACGUUAAAACAGCAUACAACACACCACAUCUUUUCGAAUUAAUGGCGGAUUCAUAUAUCGUUAUGAGGUAAUGACCACCUAGGUCAGCUUAUUUUGUAUAACUGAGAAUAUAAAUUAAAGGCUGGUCAAGAAAUGUUAAAUUCAUUGUCAUCGAUUUUGAUUUUGAGUCAAGAUGUGCAAACGUGGCAUGCCUCCCAACGUUUUUUUUUGGCCUAUAUUUGUUCGUUAUAACUAUGGACUCAUGUAAGGCAUAGCGGAGCAGAAUCGAUCCAUGCCCGUGAUUAAUCAUCCAUUAAUUACGUGCAUCACUAAACAAGAGCCGUCGUAAGACAGCGCGCUCGACUACGCUGCUUUGACUUAGAAGUAAAUACAAUAACGAUGCAAUAUUACCAAGUUAGGUCUCUUUAUGUGAAACCCAACUAAAAUUAUUCGAUACAUAAGGUGACUUUGAUGCUGCCCUCCCACCAGCCCGCCCGAACAAUGACGCAAGUCAUUCAAAUAACUUGAUUUCCCAUUAUUAAAAUGUGGUUAAGAAUAUACAUAUAUGCCUUUCACCAGAAAUAAAAAAAAAUAAAAAAUCAAGGGCCAUAAUUUGUAUUUAGGGUAAAAUGGAAUUAUGCUUCUUGGUGUAAGAUGGUCGUAAAUAAUUUUGAAUUUUAUUAAGUGCAUUGAAUGAACGGUAGAGAAGUUUUUUUUAUUAAAAUCCCAACUUGCCCUUAACUUUUACUUGCCUAAAACUUUAACCUAAGUUAAUCAGGGGCCAUUACUUGUAUUAAGGAUAUGAAGUUAUGUAACCUCAUUGGGUAACGGUCCUGGACAAUUGUGUGAAGUAUUAAGUCAAUUGAAUGAAGGGUAUAGAAGUAAUUAAUAAAUAUCCCAACCUGCCCUUAAACUUUAACCUAAGUUCCAUAGUCAACCAGGGGCCAUAAUUUGUAUAAAAGAUAAUAUGGAGUUGUCUAACCUCAUUAUGUGAUGGCUCUGAACAACUGUGUGAAGUAUUAAGUCAAUAGAAUGAAGGGUAUUGGAGUUUUAAGUGAAAAUGCCAACUUGCCCUAAAACUUUAACCUGCCCUAAAACUUUAACCUAAGUCAAUCAGGGGCCAUAACUUGUAUUACGGAUAAUAUGGGGUUUUGUAACCUCAUUGUGUGAUGAUCUUAAACAACUGUGUGAAGUAUUAAGUCAAUUGAAUGAAGGGUAUUGGACUUAUAAGUGAAAAUCCCAACUUGCCCUAAAACUUUAACCGGACGCCGACGCCGGGGCGAGUAGUAUAGCCCACCUAUUCUUCGAAUAGUCAAGCUAAAAAUGGUCUUCUUCAAAAUAUGUUCUUGCAUAGACAAUUAAUAAAAUCAUAAUUCAUUUUUGGAAGUCCAUUGGUAACAAGAAUUUCAAUUUUGAAAACUCCCGCAAACUUUUGUAAAGUUUACAUCUGAGGAUGUGAGUAUGUUGCUCCAGUAAUGGGACAUAUAAGUUUAAUGAAGAA